AUGGGGAGGAAGCUGGACCUGUCUGGACUGACGGACGACGAAGCAGAACACGUCCUUAAAGUGGUGCAGAGAGACAUGAAGUUACGUAAGAAAGAGGAGGACAGACUCAGUGAAAUGAAGCAGGAGCUGGCAGAGGAGGGCAGUAGGUGUCUGCUCUUGGCCAAGCAGCACAAGUUUAAUGAGCACUGCUGCAUCCGCUGCUGCUGUCCAUUCACAUUCCUGCUCAACCCUAAACGGCCCUGCCUCGACUGCCAGUACAACAUCUGCAGGAGCUGCCGCACCUACAGCCAGAGAGAGAGAGGCUACAUCUGCUCCGCCUGUCAGAAGAGCAGGCUGCUGCGGACUCAGUCUCUGGAGUGGUACUAUAACAACGUGAAGAGUCGCUUCAAGAGAUUUGGCAGUGCUAAAGUCCUCAAGACCCUCUACAGGAAACACAUCAUAGAGAGAGGAGCCCUCUCUGAACUACCAGAGGUCAGUGCUCAUGAGGGGAGUAAUGAUAAUGAGGAGAGUGUGUGUGGCAGUGACUCUACAUUCUACAGACAGAGUGAAGGACACAGCAUGGCAGACACUCUCACCGUUGCUCUGCGUGUUGCUGAAGAGGCCAUAGAGGAGGCAAUUGCUAAAGCAGAGAGCUGCAGAGACAGUCUGGAGAAACAGAAUGAAGCUCGAUAUCUGCGGGACCAUAGAGAAGAGCUCAUAGAGGAACUCGCUACCACAAUCGUCCAGAAAAUCAUUCAGAGAGGGAAGAGGUCAGAGAUGCAGGCGGAGUAUGACUUUGUGUGGCCUCAGACCCAGAGUGUUGACCUGCCCUCCCCAACCUCCACAGAAAACACCCUGACACAGCCCAGACAACACAGCUCCACCUCACACAGCACAGCCCAACACAGAGAUCUGGCCCAGGCCAGCCUCCAGAGCUCCUACUCACUCUGGAGGUCGAGGUCAGCUUUCUCUCUAACCAGCGAUGACUCUCCAGAGAAGGCUCCAGAGGCCAGUGUGGAUCAGGGAGCUCUGGAGGAGGUCCAGACGGAGACAGACGUACAGGAGUACUCCUCCCUCAGGAGGGAGUCCAGGGCAUCCUCCCUGCCCGGCUGGAAGAGUGUGGACCGGCUGGAUAACUCCAGUGCGUCCUCCGUGCUUCAGAGUCCUGACGGGAACUGGAUCGCCCUUCAGAGUUCCCAGCAUUCCCGGCCGAGCCUGCUGACCAAGCGGAAGAGCCUGGUCUUCAGCGUUCUGGAGAAAGAGUCCGGCGUGGUCUCCGCCUACGACGAGAUGGGUUCGGACUCGGAUCCCGAGGACCAGGGAGGCUGGGCGGCGGCGCUGAUCCAGUUCCGACGCAAACUUUCGGACGAGACCUACUACACGGACUCCCAGCACGACCCGGAGUGGACCUACACCCAGCACCCGCCCGUCACGUCACCUUCCUCCGGACAGUACACCAACACCGAGACCCUCAACUCCGACUCAGAAACCUCCACCGCCCCUACGAGAUCUCGAAGGUCUCUCCACAACCCCCCGCGAAAGAAGGGCCCCCCCGAGCCGUACCCGCUCUCCCCCCACAGGUGCCUCCCGCCCCCUCAGCGUCACGAGGUCCUGGACGUGAACUUUAACCCCCGGACCCCCGGCGGGGACAGCAGUGAGGCGGAGGAGCGCGGCGAGGAGGUCAGGAGAGCUCGCAGGCGCAGGAGGAGCAAACGCGAGCCCGUGCACAACGCACUCUACAGCGCUGCCGCAGCGGAGAACAAUGCAUUCCUACACAAUGCUAUGAUGAUGCGUCGUCAGCAGAGUGAGGAGACUGUGCGUCCCCUCAACUGUCAGACGCCUGACACUGUGACCCCUCCUGACCUUUUAACCUCUGGUGCUAUGACUCCUGAACCCGAGUGCCAAGACACGGUGGCCCCCAACUCUAUAGCUCACAGCCCGCCAGCUCUCGUCCAAUCAGGGGCUGCUUUUCAGGUGUCCAAUCCUCAGAGUCCCGUGCUUAAGGGAACCGGUGCGGCCGAUGCAUUAGAACAACAACUGAGGUCCAAACUCUGUGAACUGGUCGGGCAGGUCAGCGAAAAGGACGUGACCUCGUCGAAGAGCGAGCUAGUCAGAAGGGUCAGCGAAAAGUGGGAGAACAGAGAGAGAGAGAAAGAGAGAGAAAAACAGAGGCAGCGGAGCAAACGAGAACGAGAAAGAGAGAGGGAGAGGUCGAACGAGGGACGGAGAGAGAGAUCGAGCGAGAGAGAGCAGGAGAGGAGCAAGCGAGAGACGGAGGGCCCGAACGACAGGCGGCUGGAGAGACAAAUCAGCAGAGAGAGAGACACGACGAAGGAGUUUGUGAGACAGAGACAAGAGAGAGACAGGGAGAGGCAGAGAGAACUGGAGAGACAAGUAGAGAGAGAGAGGGAGAGACAAAGAGAACUCGAGCAGCAAGCUGAGAGAGAGCGAGAGAAACAGAGAGAAAUGGAGAGACGGAUAGAGAGAGACUGGGAAAGGCAAAAAGAGAUAGAGAGGCAGGUCGAACAAGAGAGAGAGAAACAAAAAGAACUGGAGAGACAGAUGAAAAGAGAGCGAGAGCGACAAUCAGAGAUAGAGAGAGAGCUGGAGAGGGAGAGAAAAAACAGAGACGAGGAGAGACGAUUCGAAAGACAGCGAGAAAGGCAGGAGCAGGUGAACGGAGCCGACGAGAAAACAACGCCGCGACAGGAGGAGGAGCUACAGGAAGUGGUCGUACCGGGACGGACAAGCGAUAGAGGGACGGGCGACGAGAGGAGCGCGGAGGAACGGAAGGAGACGAAAGACAAACCGGCUGAUGCGAGAGCAAGGAGCAAACCGCAGAGGAGCAAAUCGGAGAGAGAAAGCCGGAAACAAGGGGAGAGGAGAACAGAAGAAAAGAGGGCAAGAUCUCCCAGCUCAUCUCCGGACAGCGCCCCCUGUAGCCCGGAGGACCCAAUGUCUCCAACAGAUGAGGGACAGAAUGUGGCUGAUGUGAAGGAGAGGCUGCAGUUGCUUUCCUCUCUCUUACAGCAGAAGUAUUCAGCUGCUUCUCUCUGUAGCAUCACCACAGAAGUGCUUAAGGUGCUUAAUGCCACUGAAGAUCUGAUUGGAGAAGCUGAGGGCAAAGGUCAUGACCCUGUAGAGUCUCCUGCUGGAACACCUAUGUCCUCUGGUCCAGGCAACAAAAAACUGGAUCAGCGCCUCACUAAGAUGGAGGAAAAUGUGUACCUGGCUGCAGGGACGGUGUAUGGUCUGGAGGGGGCGCUGAGUGAGCUGGAGGACUGUGCUCGCAGCAUAAGCAGUUCUACCACAGAAACAGAGAUCGCUUACCUGGAGGAUCAGGUGGCUACAGCUGCUGCUCAGGUGCAACAGUCGGAACUCCAGAUCUCAGACAUUGAGGCCAGGAUCUCAGCACUGAAAACUGCUGGACUGAACGUGUCCGCAUGCACCCGGUUUCCUAAGUACAAACCCAAACCUAAAACCCUGGACAUGUCACGUCAGCAGAGAAGAAAACUACCCGCUCCUCCUGUAAGAGAGAAAGAGGCCAGAUCUGAGCCACAGAUGAGUGUAACGCGUCCCUGA